AUGUGCUAUUGUUAUUAUGACUGUCGACCAAGAGGUAAGAAGAAGCCUCCUCCUCCGCCAAAAGGACAACAACCGGCUCCUUCUCCACCUAAAGACGGGAAACCGACGCCUCCUGGAGGUGGUCAACCGGCUCCACCAGAAGGAGGGAAACCGACACCUCCCGGAGGGGGGCAACCGUCUCCUUCUCCACCCGAAGGCGGGCAACCAACUCCUCCUCCAGAAGGAGGGAAACCGACACCUCCUGGAGGAGGUAAACCAGCUCCUUCACCACCCGAAGGUGGGCAACCCACACCUCCUGAAGGCGGUCAACCAGCUCCUUCUCCACCAGAAGGAGGGAAACCAACACCUCCUGAAGGCGGUCAACCGGCUCCUUCUCCACCCAAAGGUGGGCAACCAGCUCCUUCUCCACCAGAAGGAGGGAAACCAACACCUCCCGAAGGCGGUCAACCGGCUCCUUCACCACCCGAAGGCGGUCAACCGGCUCCUUCUCCACCAGAAGGAGGGAAGCCAACACCUCCCGAAGGCGGUCAACCGGCUCCUUCUCCACCCGAAGGAGGGAAGCCAACACCUCCCGAAGGAGGUCAACCGACACCUCCACCAGAAGGUGGGCAACCAGCUCCUUCUCCACCAGAAGGAGGGAAACCAACACCUCCUGAAGGCGGUCAACCAGCCCCUUCUCCACCCGAAGGUGGGCAACCGUCCCCUUCUCCACCAGAAGGAGGGAAACCAACACCUCCCGAAGGUGGUCAACCGGCUCCUUCUCCACCCGAAGGCGGGCAGCCAUCUCCUCCACCACCCGAAGGCGGGCAACCAUCUCCUCCGCCACCCGAAGGCGGGCAGCCGACUCCUCCACCACCGAAAGGCGGGCAACCAGCUCCUCCUCCUAAAGAUGGAAAACCAACUCCACCUGGAGGCGGGAAACCUAAUCCUCCUGAAUGUAGGAUCCCUCCACGAGAUAAGUUCGAAGCCGAAGAGCUCAGACGUGACAUAAACAACAACUUUAAUGAAUCGAUUAGAAUUGCGAAAAUAUGUGAAGAACCAAGCAAGACGUGGUUCGGAUUGUGCAUUGACACAAAAAAGUGCGACAAACAAUGUAUCGAUUGGGAAGGCGCAAGGCAUGGAGCUUGUCAUCAACGUGAAUCUAAAUACAUGUGUUUUUGUUACUUCACUUGUGGCCCUAAAGACAAGAGGCCACCGGUCCCUCCAGAUUGCCCCACGUUGCCCCCAAAAUAUCGUCUAAGCUCGUGA